AUGACUUCCACCAUAAGUCCUAGUAGUGACACCCGCGGCCAGGUUAUCUCUACCUAUCACGACCAUCCCAGAUUCAUUUGUGUAAGCUGUUCAGCGGUGCUGGCGCUGCAGGACGAACUUAUUAGCAAGUCUUUCUCAGGCAGAGAAGGAAGAGGCUUUCUUAUGCACUCAGCAACCAAUGUGAAAUUGGGAAAGAAAGAGGAUCGCCCACUUCUCACAGGUAUCCACACCGUAGCAGACAUCUUCUGCGUGGGGUGUAACGACCGUGUUGGAUGGUAUUAUCAUAAGGCAGCUGAUUUGUCUCAGAAAUAUAAGGAAGGAAAGUACCUUCUUGAGCGCGAGAAAAUAGUGAAGGAGAACAACUGGAAAUUGGAUGAAUGA